AUGGUUGGACGAUAUGCUGGCGUUGCCGCCAAAUUGCGAGCUAAAAUACAAAAGGCAUCAAAUGGAUGGCUAGACCGGUUCAAGAAAAGACACGAGUUGCUAUUUAAAACUAUAAGUGGAGAAAAGAAUUCAUCUGACCUUUCUACGGUUUCCAAUUUUUUUGCUGAUUAUGACAACUGUUUGGAAACUGUAGGAAGUGAAAAUAUUUUUAACUGUGAUGAAACAGCUUUAUACAUAAAGCGAACGCCGUCGAAAUCUUUUGUUCAAUUUAAUGACAAAUGCAAUGGAAUUAAAAUGAGCAAAGAGAAAGUUACCCUUCUCCUUUGUUGUAAUGCACUUGGUGAAAAGUUAAAACCUCUAUUAAUUGGAAAAUUCAAAUCUCCUAGGUGUUUAAAAAAUUUUAACGCUGAGGAUCACGGAGUACUAUAUGCUGCAUCAAAAAAUUCGUGGAUGACUAGUGAUAUUUUUGGGAAAUGGUUAUGGAAAGUAAAUCAAGAUAUGAUCAAUGAAAAGAGAAAAAUUGUCUUAAUACUGGAUAAUGCGAGCUGUCACAGAAAUACAGAAUAUUCCAAUGUUUAUUUACUUUUUCUUCCCAAAAAUACGACCGCUUUAAUUCAACCCCUAGAUAUGGGAAUAAUAAAAUCCUUCAAGUCCCUCUAUUUCAAUAAACUGAUUGAUUUUACUCUUAUAUUUGAAAAAGAACAGCUUUCUGAUUUGAAUUUGAAUAAUGUCAAUCUUAGACAAGUCAUUACAGUUGUCGGGGAGGCAUGGAAAAUGAUGUCAGAGACAACGAUAAUUAAUUGCUGGCAGAAAAUAAAUGAAAACAGAUCAAAAAUUUCGGAUAAUGUACAGUUGGACGAAGAAUUAAUAGAUGACGUGAUUUCAGAUGUUAUUUCAAUGGAUUCGACAGAUAUUAUUGAGGACAAAAUUACUUAUGAUGGAUAUGAAUCUAAAAAAUCAUCAAUUAAAGAAAUCAUAAACAUCGUGAAUUCUCUAGAAGAUAAUAUUUUCAGUACAUGUCCACAAUUUUUGAAAAUCUACUACGAAUUUAGAAAAAACCUAUCAGGAGAACUGAAAAAAAACCAAUUCGAAAAAGAUCAUGGAGUGAUAAAAAGUAAGAAAAUGAAUGAAAUUGAUCUACAAAUGAACUUUAAGAAAUUCUGUUGUCCAAAAAAUGUUAUCCCAAGUCCAGAAUUGAAUCAAAGAUUCAGAGAAUUAAGAUUUGAAAGAGAAAGUAUUGUUGAGGCAUUGAGACUAAAUGAAGAAAAUACAAGUGAACACCAAAAAACUAAUUUUGAAGAUGAUGAAAAUAUUGACAAUACAAUUGGAAACCAAGAAACUAAUUCCGAAGAUGAUGAAAAUAUUGACAAUACGAGUGGAAGCCAAGAAAUUAAUCCCGAAAAUGAAGAAAAUACAAACAAUACCAUUGGAGACCAAGAAAUUAAUUCUGCAGCUCAAAACAAUACAGUUAGUGGUGCAGAGGUCGGUAAAGGAAUCAGGAAAGCAUUAUCGACCAAGUUCGGAUAUUUCCACUGUGGAAUUCGACCCCAAAAAUCCAAUAGUUCACUUGACUUAAAUAGCGCGGUAAGUUGUAAAUCUGCCUGCAUUUCAAUUAGUUCCAGUUGAUAUAUGUAUGGAGCGGUUGCAGCAUCUGCUUCCAUAGGUGACAAAAAUAUUUUCAUAAUAGGUGUAGUUUUUCGAUAA